AAGCAAGCUUAGAGAAACGUCAUGUUACGAUUCAUAUAGUGGCCAUAGGAAUUACAGCAAAGUUCGGUGAAAGUUGUAGAAAAGAAAUUUUAAAAAUUUAAAAUCUGACCAAAGAUUAUUGAGAACUGUGAUGUACUCGCUUGAGUGAGUGGCUGAAGGAUGUUUAUUGCGCUAAAUAAGCUUCUAGAUAUUGAUGAAGAUGUACCACCAAAGGGAAAAUAUUAUCUUAUCUCAGAGUCCCAUAAUGAUGGCAGCUUUCUGAUUCAUCACUUUCUAAGUUUCUUUCUUAAAGGAGGUUACAAUGUUUGCUUCAUUGCAUUGGUGCAGUCAUUCACCCAUUACAGCAGCAUUGCACAAAAAAUGGGAGUUAACCUGAAUACCACAAUACAAAAGGGCAAGUUGACAUUUGUUGAGGGACUAACAUGUGCUGUUCAAAGUCUUGAAACUAAUGAAAUGGCACUUGACUUGCAAGAUAAUCCAUUUACAGGACUCACAAGUAGCGAUUCAAAGUUUUCACUUAAACUGCUUCACGAUAAGAUACAAGAAGAAAUCUCCAAAUUUGAGAAUGACCAACCAUUUCUGCUUUUAAUUGACGAUGUCUCAGCAUUUCUUGGCCUUGGAGUCUCAGUUGUUGAUAUCCAAGAUUUUGUGCAAUACUGUUUGCUUUCAGUUUCUUCAUCAGACAAGGGUUGUCUGGUUACAUUAGUCCAUGCAGAUCAUGACACGGGAGAGUCAGAAGAGGAGAAUUUAGAAAGACAUUUGAUAUAUAAAUGUGACACACAGCUUCAUGUAAAAGGACUGAGCACUGGUUUUUGUAGAGAGGUUCAUGGAGAGCUUGAAAUUAUCAACCAUAAUCUUGCCACGAAAACAGGGCGAGCUUCAGAGAGGAUUGUUCAGUACAAAAUAAUGGACAAGAAUGUGAAUUUUUUUGCACCAGGAAACUCUGCUUCAGUUUUAUGAGUGGAGAAAAAACUUAAACAGCAUUGGUUGUUGUAUAUAUUUUCAAGCAGAAAUGCUAAUAACAAUUUUCUACAUCAGGUAUACAAAAUUAUAAAACAUUCAAUUUAAAUAGAAAUAUAAAU